AUGAGACUCAAGGUAUGCUUUGGAGAUAUGUUAAUAAUAGAUGUGAAAAACAAAAUGCCGGGUCGUCGUACAUCCAUUAACUAGCAUGGGUGCCUGAAAUGGAAUGACAGCAAGUUCAUUGAUGGAGUUCCAAUGGUAACUCGGUGCCAAAUGGAGUGUGCAACUUUCAGAUACUCUUUUGUCGCUGAUCAUCCUGGUCUUCAUUUUUAUCACUCUCGUGAUGGUUAUCAAAAGUCGAACGGGUUAGUAGGUGGCAUGAUGAUUCGGGUCCCUAGAUGCGACGACCCCAACUCUGCGCGUUACGACCUUGACCUUCCCUCCCACGUCAUCGUGAUACAAGACUGGCACAAUAUGACAGCGGACUCUAUGGUUCCCGGGCUGCUUUACGAUGUCACAGAUCAGGUCCCUAAGAGUUACCUCAUACAGGGAAGAGGACAAAGGUUUACGUCCCCCGCUCCCCCGUUUCCAGCGGUUAGUCCCACAAUCAAUGGCAUUACUAACAUGCAGCCAUCUUCGAAUCUCCUCUCACAACUUGAGGAUAUUCCCUGGGAGCAUGUGUGUCCCAAGGUGUUUGAUUUUAGGACAUGGAAUAAUGUCCACAGGGAAUGUGUUCACAUCAUGAAAGUUCCAAAAAAUGCGGUUGCCGAGAUUGUUACUGUUAACACCUUGCCUCACAGUGCUUCAGGGCUUUCGCACCCAAUUCAUCUCCACGGCUACGACAUGUAUGUAAUGGAAAUGGGAUUACUUCAGAAAGGAUUGCCAUUCAACGAAUCCUUUCCAAUGCUACUUAGGUGCCUGGAGUGCAACAAACAGCCAAAGAUCCCUCUGGAUAUGGUGUUAAAGGAUACCAUUCCUCUGUCUUCCGGUGGAUAUAUUGUCACCAGGAUAUUCACGGCAAAUCCAGGUAAUUGGCGUUUUCACUGUCACUUCUUGUACCACCAUGACAGCGGAAUGCGUGGUGUGCUGCAAGUAAGAGAAAUUGAUGAUUUUCCUCCUCCGCCAAGGGAACAAGAAUCUGAAAAACCUCUUUGGUCUUGCUUCAAGAGAGGCAGAAUAUUCAACAUCGGUAGUAUUGGUGAUAGAGGCCUCCUCCUGUCGAUAUCCAUUGAGGAUGGAAUGCGGGCACUCUCAGUCAUGUGA